AUGGCCCGGCGCGCCCUGGCGCUGGCGCUGGUGCUGGUGCUGGUGGCGGCGUCGCGGUGCGCGGCGUCGAGCCGCGGGCUGUUCCUCUUCGGGCAGCCCGAGCUGGCGUACAAGCGCUCCAACUGCAAGCCCAUCCCGGCGUCGCUGCUGCUGUGCCGCGGCAUCGAGUACCCCAACAUGCGGCUGCCCAACCUGCUGGGCCACGAGACCCUGCAGGAGGUGCUGGAGCAGGCGGGCGCCUGGAUCCCGCUGGUGCAGAAGCAGUGCCACCCGGACACGCGCAAGUUCCUCUGCUCCCUCUUCGCGCCCGUGUGCAUCGACGACCUGGACGAGACCAUCCGGCCCUGCCACGCGCUGUGCCAGCAGGUGAAGGACAGCUGCGCGCCGGUCAUGUCCGCCUUCGGCUUCCCCUGGCCGGACAUGCUGGACUGCGGCCGCUUCCCCCAGGACAACGACCUGUGCAUCCCCCCGGCCAGCGGCGAGCACGUCCUGCCCACGCCCAGGGAAGCACCAAAAGUCUGUGAUGCCUGCAAAAGCAAGAAUGAGGAUGACAAUGAAAUUGUGGAAAACCUUUGCAAAAAUGACUUUGCCUUGAAGAUAAAAGUGAAGGAGAUCGCCUACAUCAAUGGGGACACCAAGAUCACCCCAGAAACAAAGAGCAAAACCAUCUACAAGCUGAAUGGCGUGACAGAAAGGGAUCUGAAAAAGACUGUGCUCUGGCUCAAAGGUGGCCUCCAGUGUACCUGUGAUGAGAUGAAUGAUAUAAACGCGCCCUACUUAGUGAUGGGACAGAGGCUGGCAGGAGAGCUGGUGAUCACCUCAGUAAAGCGGUGGCAGAAAGGCCAGAGGGCGUUCAAGAGAUUCUCGCGCAGCAUCCGCAAAUUGCAGUGCUAGUCGCUUCUGGCCUUGCUGCCUUCGGUCCCUAGAGCACUGCCGAGUCUCUUGCACCUUCCUGCUUCUUCAGCCACAAAGCACAGCAGGCGUGGGAGAGGAAGACCCGUUUUAAAAAAAGGAAAGGGAGGCCGGUUUUGUACAUAUAGUAAAACUAUAAUAAA